ACCAUCGGCGGGCAACACGGAAGCGCCGGAACCUUCGCUUGCAACUUUACUUGCGCGCUAUUAAAGGUAUCGACAGAAGAAUUACAAUGAAGUGUUCCUCGGCGUACAGCAGUAUGUUUGUGCUUGUGAGCACACUCGCCUUGCUCCUAGUCUCGGCAAACGCCGCGCCAAUGGAACCGGACGACGAACAAUCGGAAAAUACGCUAGUGGCCCACGACAGUAACGACAUGGAUAUGUCCGGAGGGCCCUGGGACGCCAUCAACGCCGCCGCGCUUCGCAAGCUGUUGCUCCAACUGGAUGCCGAGGAAAGGUUGGGAAUGGGACGCGUCGGACGCUCCUGGCCACAGGCAGAGCCCCGCGGCUGGGGCCGCACGCUGGAUGGGCGCCUGGUCAGGCCGUGGCGCGCGGACAAGCGCCAGGUGCGCUUCAGGCAGUGCUACUUCAACCCCAUCUCCUGCUUCCGCAAAUAAACGGACCAGCGACAACCAACGAUUCGCUUAACGCUCUAGUGUUACGGUUAAUGCUCAUUUCAACUGUUCUGGAUUAACGUCUUUCUUGUUAGGUUUUGUAUUGAUGACUGUUAUAAACUUUAACUAUUUUAAAUUAGCCGUAUGCUUCGUAAUAUUUAACUCAACCCUGGAUUAUCAGGCGCAGAACACAAUGGUGCUUCCCGCGGUGUAUUGCGGUCCUACGUUUCUAUAACUUUUUCGGAUCGAGUCGUUGAACCGUACAAACUUUAGCAGUCGCCUGGAAGCGCCUAUCUCUGCAUAAAAUUCUACAGUCUUAGAAAUAAACUCUUGAAAAAGAAUUGUAUCAUUGUGAUGAAAAAUCCUGUUGUAGUUCAAUAGUUCUAGGGUAAGGGCAGUUCAUCUAUUAUUUUUACCUGUUACAUAAAAUCUAGUCAUAUCUUCUCUUAUAAUAUAGUUUAAUUUUCACGUUCAACUGCAUGUAGAUAUAGCAAUACGAGAUGGCAUCACAGUAUGCGACUGAUUGGUUACGGUUAUGGUGUUCGUGUAAAUAAAACUUACAUUCGGCAGAAAUAAGUAAAAUAUCAAGAAAAGUAGGGGAGAUCGAUGUGAGUUAAAACAGAGGUAGGUUGAAACAACGUCAAUUUUGAGACAUCUAUAACUGUUAUCGACCUGGAAAAACGAGGUUUAGCCGCGUCCCACCAUCCGCUGGUCUCUCAAUAUGUAAGCUUGCGCUAGACGAUUAUAAAUAUCUCAAAAUUUACGUUGUUUCAACUUACCUCUGUUUUAACUCACGGUUUCCCCUAAUCAAUACACAAGGUUGCGUGGAUCAUCAUUGGUUUAGAAGACGGUACUUUAGCAAGUUCUCAACUUUCAUACUGAGCUGGCUUCGUAACAUGUGUAAGAUUGAGACCUAGCUCAGUGACGCAUUCUACAAGAUUUAUAUAUAGAACGCAACCUUGUAUAAAAGUUACCAGUGUUUAUAAUUACUUAUUUUUGCUAUUGAAAAGCUAAAGCUUACUGGUCUAUGUAACUUAACUUAAGUAUUAAUAAAUCCAAGGGCGUUAUUUAUUUUAAAUGUCGGAAAAUAGAGAAAAAUAAAUGCUAAAUAACGCAAG